AUGACUGGUGACUUAGAGAAAACUUAUUGUUUUAAAAGCGAGAAUAAGUUUAUUGUUAAAAGUGGAUGUAAAAAGCGUAUGUGGAGAUCUUUGAAGCAAAUAUUGGCUGCAGAUAGAGCUUUACCUUGGCCGGACGAUGCUGUUCUAUAUUACUCAAUAAAUGCACCACCAACAUUUAAGCCUACUAAAAAGUACUCCGACAUAUCCGGCUUGCCAGCGCCCUAUAUGGAUCGCCACUCUAAGUUAUAUUACAGUAAUGCCGAAGAGUUUGCGACAGUCAGAAAUCUUCCAAUGGAUAUAACAGCAGGAUACCUACAAUUGAGAGGAGCUAGCACUAUUGUAGGUUAA